AUGGAAGACCAGAUCGCGAAAGCAGCCCAUAUAUCGGUACCCAGCGCCCCCAUCUCUGCAAUGCCUCUGCCUCCCUAUACUUCUAAAGUCAAAGUUCUUGAUAAAUACCACAUAAUCGGGUUUAUUUCCUCUGGAACUUAUGGCAGAGUAUACAAGGCGCGUUCUCGACACCCCGGUACUACCGGUGAGUUUGCGAUCAAAAAGUAUGGAUCCUUCAGCCGGCUUGAUAGUAAUGUUUGUCAGCAUGCCCUUAACAGCGAACUCGCUCAUGAAAAUGUCAUCCAUCUUCACGAAAUAAUCCUGGAAGACAAAUGUAUAUAUAUGGUCUUCGAAUACGCAGAACACGAUCUCCUGCAAAUAGUUCACCAUCAUUCCCACCCCGAACGUCGGCUCAUUCCGGAAUCCACAAUCAGAUCUAUCUUAUGGCAGCUGUUGAAUGGAGUUUCGUACCUACACCAAAAUUGGGUGAUGCAUCGAGAUUUGAAGCCUGCCAAUAUCAUGGUAACCGCUUCAGGUGAAGUCAAGAUAGGCGAUCUAGGGCUAGCUAGAGUUUUCUGGAAACCACUAGCCGCCCUUUUUAACGGAGACAAGGUGGUUGUAACGAUAUGGUAUAGGGCGCCAGAGUUGCUCCUUGGAUCACGGCACUACACUGCUGCUAUUGACCUAUGGGCCGUCGGCUGUAUUUUUGCCGAGUUGUUAGCCUUACGACCAAUAUUUAAAGGAGAAGAAGCGAAGAUGGACUCAAAAAAAACAGUGCCUUUCCAGAGAAAUCAAAUGCAGAAGAUAAUCGAGAUAUUAGGCACACCCACAAAAGAAAGAUGGCCCUCGAUCACCCAGCUACCUGAAUACCCCCAAAUGGCGCCUUUUAAACCGUAUAUCUGCAGUCUCGAAACCUGGUACCAACAAGUCGGCGCCACAAAUAAAUUAGGAUACGAAUUAUUGAGCGGCCUUCUGGAAUUCGACCCGGUCAAAAGAUUAACUGCCCAACAAGCACUGGAACAUCGUUACUUUACUGAAGGGCCGAAGAUUAGUCUGAAUGCCUUCGAGGGCUCAUUUAUCGAGUAUCCUCAUCGCAGGGUCAGCUCUGACGACAACGAUAUUCGGACAAGCUCGCUACCUGGGACGAAGCGCAGCGGAUUACCAGACGACAGCCUUCAACCUCGGACUAAGAGGGUCAAGGCUGGCGAAUGA